AUGCAGAAAACUAGAUUCAAAAGAAGCAGUUUGCAUUUUGGAGCUGAGACCCUCACCUCUGCCUUGCACUUGCUAUUUCUUGGGUCUGUGGCAAUUCUUUGUUUUCUUUUUUUAAUGUUUGGACUGAUUGCAGUUGCUGGACUUCUUGCUGUGAUAAUCACUCACCUCACGAAUCCCUCUACUGUCAUCUUUUCAAGGAACGAAGACAUACCUCUCAGCACUUACCUGCAUGACAAUGACGACCAAACCAUUGCAAAAGAAAGAAUGGCCGAGAUGGAGAGCAACCCGAGAUGUCAUGAUCCGUGCACUUUUCAGCUUGUGGAAAGCCUCCCGUGGGACAUGCCAUACGGGCCAAACAGCAGUACUGCAAAGCCCUUAUACCAAGCAUGGAUGGAGCUCUUAACUAUGGCCCAGGAAAGCGUUCACAUGGCAUCUUACUAUUGGACUCUGACGGGAAAAGAUCUGGGUGUUAACGACACAUCAUCUAAGCAGGGUGAAGAGAUUCUUAAGCAAUUUGAAAGCCUGCUCUUGAAGAAUGUCUCCAUGUUUAUUGCAACAAGUGUGCCAUCUAAGGUUCAAAACUCAACUGAUCUUCAGGUCCUGGAGGGAAAAGGGGCUCAUGUAAAAAGGAUUAAUUUUGGGCAGUUGACCCAUGGUGUCCUGCACACCAAAUUCUGGAUUAUAGACAAGAAACACAUCUUUCUCGGAAGUGCCAAUGUAGAUUGGAGGGCCCUGACUCAGGUGAAAGAACUCGGGGUUUUGAUCAACAAUUGCAGUUGCUUAGCGAAUGACCUUUGGAAAACUUUCAAAACAUACUGGGAUCUUGGAGAAUCCAAUGCCACCAUCCCAUCUCCAUGGCCAAGCAAUUAUUCUACCAAUAUUAACAGGCACAGUCCCCUGGAAGUGCAGGUCAAUGGAACCUCCACCGAAGCUUAUUUUUCUGCUUCUCCUUCUUCAUUUUGUCCAGAGGGUCGCACCUUUGACCUUACAGCAGUUCUUGAUGUUAUCUAUGAUGCAGAAGAAUUUGUAUAUGUCUCUAUUAUGGCAUAUUUCCCCACAAGCCGCUUCAGACACCCACAGAGAUACUGGCCACCUAUUGACAAUGCUCUGAGAAGUGUGGCACUCGGUCAUAAUAUAUGCGUACGGCUUUUGGUCAGCUGUUGGAUCCAUACUGAUUCUUCCAUGUUUCAUUACUUGAAGUCACUGAGUGUCCUCAAUGAUCCUCGUUCCAACAUCACAAUAGAAGUGAAAAUCUUCAUUGUUCCAGUUGGAAAUCACACAAACAUUCCUUUUGCGAGAUUGAAUCACAACAAAUAUAUGGUAACCGACAAGGCAGCUUAUAUUGGAACAUCAAACUGGGCUGAAGAAUAUUUCACCAUCACUGCAGGAGUGGGAUUGAUUGCCAAGCAGUCUUCAACCAAUCCCCAAAAGAGGAAUCCAAUGAUACAGGAACAACUGAGGUCUCUUUUUGAACGAGACUGGAAUUCCAAAUACUCAGUAAAUAUGGAGGAGCUGCCUGGGCAGAAGGACUGUGCUUGGGCAGAUGCAUAUAAAACUUUAAAAGAGAACUAAAUUAUUUUGUUGCA